AUGUCUAAGGCUCUUGUAAGUUUAGUCACAGGAGCCGCUUCCGGAUUAGGAAAAGCCACCGUUGAACGGCUUGUGAAAGAUGGAUACAAAGUAAUAAUGUGUGACUUACAGUCAUCAGAAGGAAAAAGUGUUGCUGAAACAAUUGGUCCCAACACUAAUUUUGUUCCUACUGAUGUACGAUCUGAAACUGAUGUUCAGAAUGCUAUUGACACGUGUAAACAACUUCAUGGAAAAUUAAACUUAAUCGUGAAUUGUGCUGGUAUAAGUAUUGCACGUAAAGUAUUCAAUUUCAACAAAAGCAGUGCCCACAGCUUAGAAGAAUUUACCGAUGUACUUAUGGUAAAUACUGUAGGUAGUUUCAAUGUUAUCCGAUUAGGUGCCGCUCUGAUGGGAAAUAACGAAAUUGACAAAAAUGGUCAACGAGGAGUUGUGAUCAAUACGUCAGGAUAUUCUGCUUAUGAUGGGCAAAUGGGCCAAGUUGCUUUUGCAGCCAGCAAAGGAGCUAUUGCUGCGAUGACAUUACCUCUCGCAAGGGAUAUGGCAUCUCAAGGCAUUAGACAUUGUUCAAUAGCUCCAGGAUUAUUCGACACUCCUUUAAUAAAUCAUUUACCAGACAAAGUUAAAAACUAUUUUGCAGAUAUGACACCAUUCCCCAAAAGAUUAGGGCAACCUGAAGAGUUUGCAAAUCUUGUUGUAAGCAUUGUCGAUAAUCCAUUUCUAAAUGGAGAAGUUAUUAGAAUAGACGGUGGAAUCAGAUUUAUCUAA